AUGGAGAUAGGAAGCCCGAAGCCACCUUUUCUCGACGAAGAAAAAAGUUACACCAACUCAACAUCAAUCCAACUGAUGAUGAUCAAGACAUCAGAAGUUAUUUGGAAACAUAUCAUUAUAAGCAAAACAAAAGAUAAGCGUGAAGUGGUACGGUUAAAAAGCAGGAACGACAUUGUGCUUGUCGACAAAGAGCUUGAGGCCGACACAGAUUAUCAAAUUGAAAUUUACGUCAAAAUUGGAGACAAACGAAGUGAAUCCCAAUUUGUUUUCAUGAAGACGAAAGACGUCAAAGUUUCCAUGCCAUGCCUGAUAGGGGCAAUAACGGGAGGGGCCAUCGUCGUCGGAGGUUUGGCUGCAUUUGGUCCAAUAUUGGCUGCACUUGGGUUCGGUUCCGGUGGAAUUAUCAGUGGAACAAUGGCGGCCUGGCUGAUGUCAUUCGGGAAUAUUUCCGCCGGAAGUCUUUUUGCAAUCCUGCAAUCAAUCGGUGUUGUUGGUUUGAGUAUAACCGUUAAAGCAGCGUUUCUAGCGGCUGGGUUGUCUAUUGGGUGCAUGGCCGAAGUCAUGUAAUAUUCCCCUUUACCAAAAAGGCAACCUGUCUGUUAAAGCAAAAUAUCUUUGCAGAUAACGCUUCUCACCUCUCCUAUUCAUAUUAUGACACUUUUGUGCAAUUAGGAAACAAGCCCCGUUGUGAAUAAGGAUUUACAAUGUAGCACAAGUCUGCAAAUCCCAUUGCUAACUAUGUACGUAGCAUUAGUGUUGUCUUGAAAAAGGAAUAGGUCACUCUAA